CCGAAGUUAACGUGAAACCUUCUCAUAUCUUGUACAAUUAUUCUCCGAGCAGAAUGGAAACCAUCUCUCCAAGUGAUACCGAUGCAGCCAGCAAUUCUCGUUUUACUCGUCAAACUGCCUCUUCACACUCUACCUGGCGGCGUCUCAAUGGUUCCAGCUCCCCUUCAUUUGAUCAACCGUUGGGAACGGAAACCCCUUCCGCUGCUCAGAAUGCUAGCACUGUAUUCCAGAGAAGGCGUGUUAAUCCUGAAAGCCUCGCUCUCCGACUAGGACCGGAUCUCGUCCGUGAUCUUGAGGCACUGAUACACCCUGGAAACAUCGAGAUGCCGUCCUUUGCCGUCCGGAAAGAGCUGCAAGAACGUUACAAUAUCGACAGGAGGCAUGUCUAUGAUUACUUUCACAGCCGAGGCUUGCGCGUGAUCAAGGAAGAUAAGAAUGGCAACACAACUGUACCAAAUGAUUUUGCUCCAGUGCCGGCGCGAUCGCCGAAGUCGAACUUAAACCUCCGCACUUUGCGCCAAGCGCCUGUGAAGGAGUCGCAGAGAGCAACUGUAAACUUGAUAUCGAAACUCAAGGAGACCAAGCCCCCAAGCAAACCUCGUGGAGUUACGAAGGCCAAACCUGGCCGACCAAGGAAAUACGCCGUUAGAUCCAUUCACGACGACCCCCUGCCACCUGCAGUUAUUUGUCCGUCAUCUCGGAUGGCCCGCGCAAUCAGUCCAAUCCUCCAACCUGACAUCCUUCCUGCGAGCGACCCAAACGACGAAUUUGACAUGGCAGUCAGUACUAUUGACGAGUCUUACUCAUUUGCACAAGCGAUAGACGAAGUCGCUUACACGUAUCGUGGCCCACCAGUAUUAAUGUUCGAGACUAGCCCACUCCACACCCUUUCCAAUGCGGUGCCAGAUCUGAGAACCGAUGGGGCUGAACUAGGUUUAUCGCCACGCAAGGCUUCUGCCGACCCUUUGUCACCGAAUACUUGUACACUCUCAGCUACUGAGCGGGUGGCACUUUAUCAACUUCUUUCUGGAGCGUUUGGCACUCCUCGUGACAUCCAUGAAUGCGCCGGUACAUACAGAAAUCACAUGCAGGAACGGUCGAAACUUUACUACGAGGGGCUUCUUGCAGUGCCUUACCAAAACUCUCGCUACAAUGACAGAAGACCAGCUUCUUCUGACAAUCACCAAUCGGUUCCUUGUAAUGGCAGCGAGUAUAGCCGCUGGGUUAAUCCAGGAGAGUUCUGCAUAUUAGAUGACAAAGCUUCGGUCAGGAAUUCCAAGCCGGUCAAACCCGACACGAGUACGAUCAGACAGAAAGCACAAGUCAACUUUGACAUAGAUAACGAAGCACAUCCCCUGGACACGUUGUUCCCAAUAUUUGACCUGAAUAGGACCAGCGUCCAUGAUUCAAUCGGGGAAUCACCUGUUAUCCGCAGUCGGCGCCAAUCCUACGUACCUUUAGAUUUCUAUUUCCUUCAGAACGAGGAAAGGGGUGAGGCUGAGGAUCUCCUUCUGGAUGCUGCAUCUAACUCGGGCACCCCUGAACUUCCCAACCAUUCGGUCUCAUUACAGUCGAAGAUCCGUGGAGGAUCUCUCCACGGACAUCCGGAUUUCCCAGGAUCUCCGCCACUGCUGCCUUCGGCUGAGUUUCACCAUGUCGAUGUCAACCCGCGCCCCGCGCUCCCGUUACAACAACCGGCUUCUUCACCGAACGUCGAUGAAACCAGUGCCCUCACAUUGGCCAAACAGAAAAGUAGCCGAAAAAGUGUAGCUCCACAAACCCGUUUCGCUCCCUGCACUCCGCAAAAGCACCUACGUCAGUGUGACAGGAUCAGGACGAGGUCCUUUACGUCCCGCAGCGCUAGAAUUCGGACGACUUCUGCUGGCGGAGGAAUAUAACAAAACAAUAGCUAUCUGACGGUGUGAGAUGAUGGGCAUCGCCGCAAAUGUUUCGUGUUUAUUUAACAGCAGUUCCCCUUUUGACUUAGGCCGCGCAAUACC